GUUUGCCAUUUCGCGGCUGCAUCUCCACAGGGUCAAACAGCCGCCAGACUUGCACAAUAGCUCGUCGAUAUUGCCGCAAUCAUUUCGAGCUCUAGCCUGCCCACCCCGCUACGUCUGCAAUGAGAGUCAUGGCCGACGAAUCGGCCCUGGCGUCGGCUGCAGCCAUCGUCAAGUCGCUGGCCGUAUCCCCCAAAGACCCCUCACCCGUCCCCUUGGGCACAAACUCACAGAUCCGACUUGCUGGGUCAGAUGGCCCUGCCAAGGAAGCCCUCGAGCGUGAACUCUCGGCCCUUGUCCUCAGGAUUCAGCAGCUUGAGGCAAAGGCCAGCAACUCCAAUCAGCCCAACUUUCCUGCCACUCCCAAUGAAACGGCCGACUCCCUCUUUGGUGAGGGGUCCUCUUCCCCUACUCUCACAGACCCAGCCACUCAUCGCAGCAAAUCUGGCACAGGUCGCAACGGCGCCACCGAAGAGCGAAACACAAAGGGGUUCCCCCUGACCGACGAGGCCCUCGAGGGCCUCCGCGAGCACAUUGAUGACCAGUCCAAGGUCCUGGACAGUCAACGACAAGAACUCACAAGUGUCAGCGAGCAGCUACUACAGCAGAAGCAACUCCAGGAGAAGGCCCUGCGUGUCCUUGAGGAGGAGCGCGUGGCCGCGCUGGAACGCGAGCUAUGGAAGCAUCAGAAGGCCAACGAGGCUUUCCAGAAAGCACUCCGUGAAAUCGGUGAGAUUGUGACUGCCGUUGCCAAAGGUGACCUGAGCAAAAAGGUCCGCAUGAACACAGUCGAGAUGGACCCCGAAAUCACAACAUUCAAACGCACGAUCAACACCAUGAUGGACCAGCUCCAGGUCUUCGCAAGCGAAGUGUCCCGUGUCGCCCGAGAGGUCGGCACAGAUGGCAUGCUUGGAGGUCAAGCCAUGAUUGAAGGUGUUGAUGGCACAUGGAAGGAACUGACAGACAAUGUAAACGUGAUGGCUCAAAAUUUGACUGACCAGGUGCGAGAAAUUGCAACUGUCACCACGGCCGUCGCACAUGGCGACUUGACCAAGAAAAUCGAAAGACCUGCCAAGGGGGAGAUUCUACAGCUUCAGCAGACCAUCAACACCAUGGUGGAACAACUACGUACUUUCGCAUCCGAAGUUACUCGCGUGGCUCGUGACGUAGGAACCGAAGGAAUCCUUGGCGGCCAGGCCGACGUCAUGGGGGUACAGGGCAUGUGGAACGAGCUCACAGUCAAUGUCAAUGCCAUGGCCAACAACCUAUCAACACAGGUCAGGGAUAUUGCUAAGGUCACUACCGCUGUAGCCAAGGGUGACCUUACCCAGAAAGUUCGUGCCGAGUGCCGCGGCGAGAUUUUUGAGCUCAAAUCAACCAUCAACUCCAUGGUGGAGCAGCUGCAGCAAUUCGCGCGGGAAGUCAGCAAGAUUGCUCGCGAGGUCGGUACCGAGGGUCGUCUCGGCGGUCAGGCCACUGUCAACGACGUGGAAGGCACUUGGCGAGACUUGACCGACAAUGUCAAUGGCAUGGCCAUGAACUUGACAACGCAGGUGCGAGAGAUUUCCAAGGUCACAACCGCUGUGGCACGGGGAGAUCUUACCAAGAAGAUUGGAGUCCCCGCCAAGGGUGAGAUUUUGGAGCUCAAGAACACCAUAAACUCCAUGGUAGACCGCCUGGGAACUUUCGCCUUCGAGGUCAGCAAAGUCGCGAGAGAAGUCGGCACAGACGGAACACUUGGCGGCCAGGCCAGAGUCGACGAUGUUGAGGGCAAAUGGAAGGACCUUACCGAGAAUGUCAACACAAUGGCGCUUAACCUCACGUCUCAGGUCCGAAGCAUCUCAACAGUGACUCAAGCCAUUGCUGAUGGCGACAUGAGCCAAAAAAUCGACGUCCAGGCCAAAGGAGAAAUACUCGUGCUCAAGGAGACCAUCAACAACAUGGUAGACCGACUUUCAGUCUUCUGCAAUGAAGUCCAACGCGUCGCAAAGGACGUCGGAGUCGACGGCAAGAUGGGUGGCCAGGCUGACGUGGGCGGCCUGAAAGGUCGCUGGAAGGAAAUCACUGCAGACGUGAACACCAUGGCGACGAACUUGACCACACAAGUGAGGGCCUUCGGAGACAUCACUAAUGCUGCUACCGAUGGAAAUUUCACAAAGCUGGUUGACGUGGAAGCGUCCGGGGAGAUGGACGAACUCAAACGCAAAAUCAACCAAAUGGUCUACAACUUACGGGAUAGUAUUCAAAGAAACACUCAGGCCAGAGAGGCUGCCGAGCAGGCCAACAAGACCAAGUCGGAAUUCUUGGCCAACAUGUCACACGAGAUCCGAACUCCAAUGAACGGCAUCAUCGGCAUGACACAGCUCACACUUGAUACGGAUCUUACCCAGUACCAGAGAGAAAUGUUGAACAUUGUCAACAACCUCGCCAACAGCUUGCUCACAAUCAUUGACGACAUUUUGGAUCUGUCCAAGAUUGAGGCUCGGCGCAUGGUUGUAGAGGAAAUACCUUACACCCUCAGAGGCACCGUCUUCAAUGCUUUGAAGACCCUAGCCGUCAAGGCAAACGAAAAGUUCUUGGAUCUUACAUACCAGGUGGACAGUUCUCUGCCAGACUACGUCGUGGGAGACUCUUUCCGCCUAAGGCAAAUCAUUCUCAACCUAGUCGGAAACGCCAUCAAGUUCACAGAGCACGGAGAGGUCAGCCUUACUAUCAAGAAAGCCCAGAAUACCCUCACGAAAGAUCCACAAGAGUAUGCUAUCGAGUUCACCGUCUCGGACACGGGUAUCGGGAUUCCACAAGACAAGCUUGACCUCAUUUUCGAUACCUUCCAGCAGGCCGACGGCUCGAUGACACGCAAAUUUGGUGGCACCGGUCUGGGUCUGUCGAUUUCCAAACGCCUGGUCACUUUGAUGGGAGGUGAUGUCUGGGUUAAGAGCGAGUUCGGCAAGGGCAGUUCGUUCUAUUUCACGUGUGUGGUGAAGCUGGCCGAAGGCGAGUUGUCGAACAUCGACAAGCAGCUGAAGCCCUACAAGGGUCAUCAAGUACUCUUCAUCGAUAAAGGUCGGACGCAAUUCGGCAGCCAGAUUGUGAGCAUGCUUAAGCAGCUCGACCUUGUGCCCGUGGUUGCCAAUAGCGAGGGCUCGGCGAACAACACUGGUUCCAACGACCCUCCCUACGACGUUAUCAUCGUCGAGUCAAUUGAGACGGCCCGCAAGCUGAGAGCGAUUGAGGAUUACAAAUAUCUGCCAAUCGUGCUCUUGGCGCCUGCGGUGCACGUUGCUUUGAAGUCGUGUCUGGACUUGGGCAUCACUUCGUACAUGACGACGCCGUGCCAGCUCAUUGAUUUGGCCAAUGGUAUGGUCCCUGCCCUCGAGAAUCGCGCCACGCCAUCGCUGGCCGACAAUACAAGGUCAUUCGAUAUCCUGCUUGCCGAGGACAACCGCGUCAACCAAAGGCUGGCUGUGAAGAUUCUUGAGAAGUACCACCACGUCGUGACCGUGGUCGGCAACGGUCUUGAAGCUGUCGAGGCUAUCAAGAAGAAGAAGUUUGAUGUCAUCCUCAUGGAUGUCCAGAUGCCCAUCAUGGGAGGUUUUGAGGCAACUGGAAAGAUCAGAGAGUACGAACGCAGCUUGGGAACCCACAGGACGCCCAUCAUUGCUCUGACUGCUCAUGCCAUGAUGGGCGAUCGCGAGCGUUGCAUACAAGCCCAGAUGGAUGAAUACUUGUCCAAGCCACUACAACAGAACCAUCUGAUUCAGACCAUUCUCAAGUGCGCCACACUUGGUGGCGCCCUCCUCGAGAAGAACAGGGAGAAGGAGCUCACACAAAAUGAGAAGAUUCGGCCCAGACCCAGCCUUGAAGGUAGGGCCAUGACCUCGAAUGAGCCAAUGAUGGGCUUGAGCAGCCCUGCGCUCGUCACGGACGUCAGUAGGGAUCCGUUUGAGCGGACACGGUCGACACUCUCGGAGCCGUCCACGAAAUGAAGAUUCCGGUAGUUUGACCGGUCAAUAUCCGACGCAACAGGAACUCUUCUCUUGCGGUUACUGCUUGAAGCGGGCUUUUCAUAAGGACAUGGAACACCGGUGCUUCAGCAGGGAAUGGUGUUUUGUCUGGCGGUGUUAACCAUGUCGUUUUCUGGGCGUUGUCGUGUUUUUCCCCUUUCCAUUGCAUGUGCUGAAGUAUGGCACAAUGCUCACACGGAUAAGCCCUGUGUGAGGCCUGGUUC